AUGGAGCCCGAUGUUUCGGAGCCCGAACAGUUCUGGAAUGAACUUGAAGCAAUUGUCUCCAAGCCUUGCGAAACGGAAGACCUUAUCGACGACGCCCUGCGCGAGUACCUGAGUCUCACGACCGAGCACAAAGAUGAAUGCCUCCGUACCGACUUCGAUAUCUCGCGCUGCUCCUAUAAACUCUUCGCUUCUAGCAUCUUCACCGAACACGCUGAUUACGUUCGGCGACAGAUCAUUUACGGCCUCUUGCAAGAGGAUGAUCCGAAUACACUACAUCUAAUUGCGGCCUUCCUUCUUUUCGAUGGUCGGCAAAAUGAGAUCCCGCUUCAGAUGAUGAACGAGGAGGGUGCAUUUGCACGGCUGCUGGAGCUUAUCCAGGCAUUGCGGCGGGAUGAAAUGGAUGGUGGGGCGGGCCUCCACCGAUUGUGCAUGGACUUGCUGUACGAAAUGUCGAGGAUUCAGCGAGUGAAAAUUGAGGAUCUGGUGCUUGUGGACGAUGAUUUCAUUCGCUGUUUGUUUGAUAUCAUUGAAGAUCUCUCAUUUGAUGUCACGGACCCAUAUCAUUACCCCGUCAUUCGGGUUUUGUUGGUCCUCAACGAACAAUUUAUGAUAUCAGCGCAUGAUCCAGUAGAUGAAGCAUCUUCCUCGAGCCGGUUGACCAACAAGGUAAUAAAGAUCUUGUCAGUUCAUGGAAGUCUUUACAAGACAUUUGGCGAGAAUAUCAUCCUACUUAUCAACCGCGAAGCGGAGACAUCAUUGCAACUUCUCACACUGAAGCUGUUAUACUUGAUAUUUACAACUCCUAGCACCUAUGAAUACUUCUUCACUAAUGAUCUCCACGUCUUGGUCGAUAUUUUGAUACGAAACCUCCUCGACUUGCCUGAGGAGGCAUCUGCCUUGCGACAUACCUACCUACGCGUCUUGUAUCCACUUCUCGCACAUACGCAGCUUCAAUCUCCGCCUCAUUAUAAACGAGACGAGCUCAGAAGAGUACUGAGCAUGCUCGUUCGAGGACAGGUGUCCUACGGAGAUGAAACCGAGCAUGAAAAGAUCCUUCACUUUGAUGAGGUUGACGAUACUACGCGCCGGCUUGUUGGCAGGUGCGCAACUGUACCAUGGCUACGGGAUGAGAAACAAUGUGAUUCUACAUCAGCUCACGAAACAUCGACCCCGUUGGUCACUACUACCAUCGAAACUGUCCUUGAUGAAUCUGUUCAGCAAGAAUCUCCUGUUGAUAUAGAGCCGGUCAAUUUCCCUCGUCCCAUAUCACGCACGAGUACCAUGGCUAGCUCUCCUGAUACACAAUCACCAUCCAGAAUGGACUCAAUGGACUCGCGUGCUUCAUCCGAAACGCCAGACUCGGGACGGAGAUUCAGCGCCGCCCAACGUCUGGGUAUGCAUCUAGAGCCCGCAACAUCUUCAUCACUCAGCGUCCAGGCUGUAGCUUCUCAGCACGAAAAACCCGGCAUCAUCACCCCUAGUCGAAAUAACGGCCACGCCGCCACCGACCUCAUGGCCGAAACACCAACACUGCGCCCGACAAAGGUCAAACCGGAGCCGCCUAAAACUAGGCGCUGGCGUGGGCGCCGUCUCGCCGUCGACGAAGAUGAUCAACAUUCACCCGGUACUAGCAGUGACUACAACACUAUCCCCGAGGGCGUGGAGAUCAGUCCUACAUCCACACAUACAGCCCCGACCACACCCAUACCCACCGCCCCAUCUCCUCUUAUUCCCAGCGCAAGUAACAGACGCAACUCAGCUUCAAGCUCCCUGGCUCCUCCCAUACCUGGACAUGGUCGUCGCUCAGCAUCAAACCCACCUCCCGCCCUUCCCCCACCACGUCGCUCAGCCCAAACAACCCCCUCAUCCAGCCACCACCGUCCUGCACCCCCACCAGCUGGGGUAGGAAAACAUGGCCAAAAGCCCCUCCCCCCGAAAACCAGACGCUCGGGCCGUGGCAAGCAGCACACUCAGACCGAUUCGAUAGAGAGCGGAGUGAGUAACGACAGCCAGCAGAAAGAAAGCGAAGCCGAGGCCGUCGCUAUGAGUUCCAUUCCCUAUUUGCAAACUCAGCCACAGUUACCCGAGGAAACUGGUCACAAAGAUCCGUUCUCGCCGACGUCACCGACCUCUCCUACCUUGUUGGUCUCGCCGGCUGACGCGGAUGGGAAAGCGAACGGGGGCUCUGCGGCGCCUAUUAGUGUAGAGGAGGCGGUGCAAAAUGUGUCUUUACAGUGA